CGCAACACAGUAGUUAGUUGUAUCGUUCCGCACUAGAUCAUUACCCCCGUAAUAACAUCCAGGCCUUCUUCUUCUUCCCGAUCCGCGACUCAUCUUCUCGAAAAAGCAGCGGAAGUAGCUUACGGCGAUGGUGAAGGUGUUGACCUACUUUGGGAUGACGUUGGCUGCUUUCGCCUUCUGGCAGUCCAUGGACAAAGUCCACGUCUGGAUCGCUCUUCACCAAGACGAGAAGCAAGAAAGGAUGGAGAAGGAGGCCGAGGUCAAGCGGGUUAGAGCUGAGCUGCUGCGGAAAGCUAGAGAGGAGGAUCCUCUUGCCUGAGUUGUAAUUUGGAUUCCUAACCAAAUAUCAGUUCUUUUUUUUUUCCAUUGUUAUGGACCCAAAAUGGAGUUUGCAUAAAACGACAAUACCAUAUAUGCUAUUGAAUGUGGGAAUGAUGAUCAUGAUGAAUAAGUAGCUUUCUUUUUGUUGUUGCUCUUCUCAACUAUCGAAAUACUAGUGCAAGAGGUAAUCAGCAUCUUGCUCUGCCCUUGUCUUCCAUAACCUUGUAAAUCAUGGAUUCUGUGUACAAGUUUAAGGAAGUUUCAAAUUUCACUUCCAGUUUCU